GAGUCAAAUUCACUAGUGGUAACAGAAAGGUGCACAUUUUAAGCAAAAGAAGUUAGUGCUGGGCGUCUUGGGUAUACUAGCAACAAAGCAACAACACAGCAUCAGCACCCGAGAACGCAUCAGAUUAAUCAUCGGUGGAAGCGUUAGCCAAAAACAGCGUUCAGUCCAAAUUUGUAGUGAAUUCCAUCAAAUGGCACAGUGACAAGUGAUUGAAGUGGAAUAUAACAACAGCCCAAAAGGUAAAUAAAUAAAGUUGUGCACGCAGUAAUACGCCACGAAGAGGAAGGCAAACGCAACAUAACACACGCAGCAUAGAGAUCUUUCGGCGGUGUGGAUACAACCAGCAAGUGGAAGUGAACCCGAAGACGACGUAUCGAUCGUGCCCUUUGCAGUGGAGUGACAGAGUACGAGAUACAACACAAAAAUGGCUACUUUUCGAAAUGCGGCCCAUCAGAAGAGUCUGUCCGUGGAGGAGCGGGCGGAAAUGCGCGAGAAGUUCGAGGAGAUUGACACUAACAAAGAUGGUUUCAUCGAGCUGAAAGAACUGAAGGAUGCGCUUGAUCAGGUCGGCUUCAAACUGCCCGGCUACCAGGUCCGCCUGAUGAUCGACGAGUACACGAACAAGCAACGGUCGCAGCACGCCGGCAAGCUGUCCUACGAUGAGUUCGAGUCGCUGUGCAUGGACCUGAAGGCGAAGGAUGUGGCGAGCACGUUCAAAAAAGUCGUCUCGAAGAAGGAAAACCUCGAGACGCUCGGUGGCAUGUCAGACUCGUCGGCGGCCGGUACAACACAUUCGGUGCGCAUGGAGGAGCAGCUGGCGUUCAGCGAUUGGAUCAACUCGAACCUGAUGCCGGACCCGGACCUAAAGCACCUGCUGCCGCUCGACUCCGAAGGCAAGCAGCUGUACGACAAGAUGAAGGAUGGCAUUUUGCUGUGCAAGAUCGUUAACCACUCCUGUCCGGACACGAUCGAUGAGCGUGCGAUCAACAAGAAGAACCUGACCGUGUACACCAAGUUCGAGAACCUGACGCUGGCGCUAGUGUCCUCGCAAGCGAUUGGAUGCAACAUUGUCAACAUCGAUGCGCACGAUCUCGCGAAAGGCAAACCGCAUCUCGUGCUCGGUUUGCUCUGGCAGAUUAUUCGCAUUGGACUGUUCAGUCACAUCACGCUGGACAGUUGUCCGGGGCUGGCAACACUGCUGUCGGACGGCGAGCGGCUCGAGGAUCUGAUGAAGCUGUCCCCGGAAGCGAUCCUGUUGCGCUGGGUCAACCACCAUCUGGAGCGGGCCGGCAUUGCACGGCGCUGCACCAACUUCCAGAGUGACAUCUCCGACUCGGAGGUGUACUCGUACUUGCUGAAUCAAAUCGCCCCCAAGGAUGCGGGAGUUAACCUAGAAGCGCUCCGGGAACAAAACGCCUUAAACCGUGCCGAAGUGAUGCUGCAACAAGCGGCCAAGCUGAACUGCCGAUCGUUUGUCACUCCGCAAGAUGUCGUGAAUGGUGUGUACAAGCUCAACUUGGCCUUCGUGGCCAACCUGUUCAACAAUCACCCGGGUCUGGAUCAGCCGGAAGAGAUAGAAGGACUAGAAUCGAUCGAAGAAACGCGCGAAGAGAAAACUUACCGCAACUGGAUGAAUUCGAUGGGUGUGAAACCGCACGUCAACUGGCUGUACUCGGAUCUGGCCGAUGGGUUAGUCAUCUUCCAGCUGUUCGACAUCAUUCAACCCGGGAGUGUGCAGUGGAAACGUGUGCACCAGAAAUUCACCCCAUUGCGCAAAUUCAUGGAAAAGCUUGAGAACUGCAACUAUGCAGUUGAGCUGGGCAAGCAGCAAAAGUUUUCGCUCGUCGGCAUUGCCGGACAGGAUCUAAGCGAUGGCAAUGCAACGCUUACGCUUGCACUCAUCUGGCAGUUGAUGCGUGCGUACACGCUCUCGAUUCUAUCCCGACUGGCCAACACCGGCAAUCCCAUCAUUGAGAAGGAGAUCGUCCAGUGGGUUAACUCGAAGCUGCAGAGCGGAGGCAAACGGACGAGCCUGAAAAGCUUCCAGGAUCCGGCGAUUGCCGAUGGUAAGAUCAUCAUCGAUCUGAUCGACACGAUCAAACCGGGCAGCAUCAAUUACGAUAACGUGCGCGAAGGUGGCAAUCCGGAGGAGAAUCUUGAGAAUGCCAAGUAUGCCGUCUCGAUGGCGCGCAAGAUCGGUGCACGCGUGUAUGCCCUCCCGGAAGACAUUACGGAGGUGAAGGCAAAGAUGAUAAUGACCGUGUUCGCCUGCCUGAUGGCGAUGGAUUACGUGCCUAACAUGGACAGUGCGAAAUCUGCCCCACCGGUCGCUUCGGUCGUGCAGGCUACCGCCCCACCGCGACAGGAACCGGCGCAAGCAUUUGAGAAUGAAACGACGGUCAUUACCAACGGUACGAACGGAAAUGGUGCAUUAGGUGAUGAUGAGGACCAUCAUCAGCAUGAUGAGUCACAGGAAGCGGAACCUGCCGCCGAAGUGCUACCACCGUCCGCUGCUAGUGAAACGAUACAGCAAUCGAACACGAACGCUGCUGUUGUUGAUGAAUUUGCCGAUUGAGCAGUCCGAGUGGUGCUAGACGCCCCAUAGCUCGUCUGCAUACGUAGUGUACAGUCUCUGUCAUUCUGAUUCCGGGCUAAAUGUAUCGGAUUUGUAAGAAACGCUAAAGUGACCACAUCAGUCAAUAUAAUGUCCGGGGUUACGUUAAGGAAGGAAAGUGAACCAACAUAAUGCACCGUGUGUGCGUGCGUGUGUAUGUUUGUCGUGUUCGUGAGUGUGUGUGUGUGUGUAUGUGUGUAUGUAUGUAUGGAUCCAACGGCAAGGGUCGUUCGGCAGCCAGUUUGUACGUGUGUGAUGAUUGUAAACUAGAAGCGUUGUAAGCGUUAAUCGAACUGCUAACACUAGCCACCGACACCGUGCGGUGUCGGUAAGGGCAUAGGAAGAUAACAACAAACAAACAAACAUAAUAGCCGCAGGAAUGGAACGGGAUCAAUAGGGGGGUUUCGGAUGUAAUGCAAUAAUAAUAAUAAUAAUAGUAGUAAUUAUAAUUACGUUCAUAACUUUAACAUAAUGUAUGGCUAAGGAAUAGGAAUGACGAAAGCAUCCGACGACCACACGUUGGUCGCAGCACUAGCACACAGAUAGGAACCAGAAGUGCAGGAGGUGGAUGUGUAUUUCAAGUACGGUGUGCGUAACGGCUGCAAGCGUUAGGAAACCGAAAAGAUCGGUUAAUCAUGUGGCCAUGUCCCAACGCCAGUCAGCGCUCUUUGCGGAUGGUGACAAACUACUAUGCGAUCCAACUAAAGUGAACGAACGAACGAUCGAGGGCCCCACUUAUAGAAGACCAAUGUAAAAUGGAGUCUGUAUAAAUUACCAAUUUAUCAAUUAUAAGCAAAGCUCAUUUACAACGUAUCGCCUGCAAAGAGUGGAUGUUUUUUUGUUUUGUUUUUUUUGUAUUUUGGUCGAAAAUUA